AUGAAUUUUUAUGCUCAAACAUCAAACUCAGUUUCAAAUAUUUUGCUUUGGCUUCCUCUAAUAAUCUCACUUCUCCUACUCCAAUGUCUAGCCAAUAGUUCCCAAAAUACAAGCGUUGGUGUGAUAAUUGAUUUUAAUUCUGUAACUGGGAAGCAACAGAGAACAGCCAUGCAAAUUGCAACUCAAAAUUUCAAUAAUUAUUCAAACACUCAUAACUUAAUCCUUUUCUUCAAGGACUCUGGUAGAAACCCUAUACAAGCAGCUUCAGCUGCUGAAGAAUUAAUUACUAAGAAGAAAGUUAGAGUCAUUAUUGGCAUGGAAACAUGGCAAGAAGCAGCUCUUGUUGCUGACCUUGGAGCCAAGUUUCAAGUACCAAUAAUUUCAUUUUCUUCUCCAUCAUUAGUCCCUUCAUCAUCAAUGCAACUUCGUUGGCCUUUCUUGAUUCAAAUGACUCAAAAUCACACAGCACAAAUGAACUUCAUAGCUGAUAUUGUCCAUGCUUUCAACUCUCAAAAGGUUAUAGCUAUAUAUGAAGACAACCCUUAUAGUAAUGAUUACGGAAUUUUAACCCUCUUAUCUGACGCUCUCGAAAAGGUUAACUCGAAGAUCGAGUAUCAAUUAGUUCUUCCACCGUUCACUUCUUUGUCUGAUCCAAAAGGGGUUGUUCUUGAUGAAUUGUUGAAGCUGUUGCCACAAAAAUCGCGUGUUUUUGUCGUACUUCAAGCAUCAUUACCUAUGGUGAACCAUUUGUUUAGAGAAGCUAAGAAAAUUGGAUUAUUGGAGAGAGAAUCAUGUUGGAUAAUCAAUGAGGAGAUUACAAGCAUGUUGGCAUAUGUAGAUAAAUCUGUUUUAUCUUCUAUGAAAGGUGUUUUGGGAAUCAAAACCAACAUUUCUACAAGUUCCAGUGGUUAUACUCAGUUGCAAGAAAAUUUCCAAGCUGAUCCUACAGAAACAGUUGAGUCCAGACCAGGAUCAAAUGCUUUGCUAGCUUAUGAUAGCAUUACAAUUGUUACAAAGGCUUUGGAGAAAAUGAAUACUAACUCUAGUAGCUCAAGGAUUUUAUUGGAGGAAAUGUUAUCUUCUAAUUUCAAUGGCUUAAGUGGUGAUAUAAGAUUCAAAGAAAGACAACUAUCCUGCAACCCAAUAUUAAGUGUCAUAAAAGUGGUUGAUAAUGAUAAGAAACAUAUGGAAUUGGAUUUUUGGAAUCCAAAGUUGAAGUUUGCUAGAUCUCUUAUAGAAAGCAUAAAUGACUCUACACCUAAGACAUGGAAAGUACAUACAAAUACAAACCCUUUAAAAGUUGCAAUUCCUAUGAAUCCUGCAUUUGAUAACUUUUUGAAAUUCUCACCAAAUGAACCUCCUACUGGUUUUUGUAUUGAACUUUUCAAAGAGAUCAGAGAAAUUCUGAGUGAGCAAUAUUUUGGCCUUCCCUAUGAAUUUCACGCCUUCAAUGAAUCUUAUGAUGAACUUAUGUAUGAAGUCAUAAAUGAGCUCUAUGAUGUUAUUGUAGGAGAUGUAACAAUACUUGCCAACCGAUCAAAGCUGGUAUCAUUCACUCAACCAUAUACUGAGUCAGGCUUAUCACUCAUAUUUCCAGAAGAGACUGAAGGGUCAGCAUGGUUGUUUAUGAAACCAUUUAGCAUGGAAAUGUGGAUUGCAACGGUUGGUAUCCUUAUCUACACAAUGAUUACCAUUUGGUUCUUGGAACAUCACUUGAAUCCUGAAUUUGGUGGACCAUUGAAAACCCAGAUCAGCACCACUUUGUGGUUUGCUUUUUCUACUCUAUUUUUUGCUCAUAAGGAAAAAAUAAACAGCAACUCUGCAAGAAUAGUAGUUGGAGUUUGGUUAUUUCUUGUGUUUGUGCUAACCUCAAGCUACACUGCAAAUCUUUCAUCAUUGCUUACUGUCCAAAAGUUGAGGUCUGAUAGAGACAUUGAAUGGCUUAAACAAAACAAUUUACCAGUUGGUUGUGAUAACAGCAGUACCUUUGUAAAGGACUACUUGGUUCAAGUGUAUAAUUUCCCUAGGCCCCAAGUUAUAGAUGUUGAGGAUGAACGUGACAUGGUGGAUAAAUUCAAGAGCAAAAAAAUUGCUGCUCUCUUUGUUGAGAGUCCAUAUGAGAAGGUUUUCUUAAAUAAGUACUGCAAAGACUACACAGCAACUACAGCAGCCUAUAAAUUUGGAGGAAUGGGAUUUGUAUUUCAAAAAGGGGAUCCAAUGGCCAAAGACUUUUCUGAAGCCAUUUUAACACUUGCAGAAAAUGGAAAACUAAAAGCUUUGGAAGAGACUUGGUUAACACCUUCCAACGAAUGUUCAAACAACUCACCUUCUCCAGAAACUGAGAGCCUGACCGUUGGCAAAUUUUGGGGACUCUAUAUCAUAUGUGCUACCACUUCCACUAUCUGCUUAAUACUAGCUUUAUUGAAGAAGUAUUUCCAUUACCAUAACCACUAUGAAGAGGAAGCUCAACUUUCUCAACGAAAUGUAACCACUGAAUCUGAUGAUGAUCAUAAUAAUAAUAAUGAUAUGAAGAGAGUUUUAAGAAGUGGUACUGGCUUAUACAAUGGAAAUCUGAUGGCUUUAAAUAAAUCUGCAACUUUUGGUGGCAGUGUAUUACAAGGUGUACGCCGUCGAAAUUCGCCAAGGUUGGAGAGUGUAACCAUUUCUGAUGAACUGAACAAUCCACAACGCUCCCAAUCAGCUGUCAUAGAAAUGAUGUAAUGUCUUUAGGAAAUAUGUUACCUAAAACGCAAACACAAAACUUACAUCCACUGAUUAUAAUUCAUCAUAUCUGAAAGAUUCACAUGUUAGUUUUUCCGUAUAUAUCGUAGCUUUGCCUUAAACAUUUUCAACCGGUAUUUGUAUGUUUUUAGUCAUUGUAGUAGUAGCACUGGUUUUUCAGAAAAUCUGGUGUUACACUGCUCUUAAGCAUUAACUUGAAAACCAUGUUCAGCAGCAUAAUGUAUUCAAUAUGAAAUAGAAACUAGUGCCACAUUCCUUUA